AUGACGCUACGUCCGCAGAGGAAGAGGAGAUACAGACAAGGGAGCUUCCACCGUGUGCUCAACUUUAAGCAGUUUGUGCUCAUGAAGGAUGACGAAAUUUCGCCUGAUAAAGCUGCAGAAGAGUACACCAAGUAUCUGUGCGAGUUUCUCAACAACGAAAUCACGCUCUACUAUGAUACUUACGAGGAUCUCCCCUUCUUUCGCGAGAAGUACCAUCCCUACUAUCUAAAGGAGGACUUUGAGCUGAUAAAACGGACAUUUCUCUCCCAGAGUGCCCAGUUUAUCAAGGAUUAUGAAUCGGGCAAAUACAAGGACCUCUUGUUCGAAGUAAGCAUCCAGAGACUUUACGGAAAACAAGAUGAUGAGGAUGUAAAGAACUUGGCAGAUGCAUCGUAUGAAUGUAACGAGUGGGCGUAUGAAGUUCCACUCGAGUAUCCAAAUGAGGAUACAACCAAAAGGCUACCAUUGAUAUCACCACUCGAAUCGGUAGUACUGGUGGACGUACCUGAAAAGGUAUUUAAAUUUGAAAUCGUAAAUGCUGUAAAGCAUCGCAUCGAGAAUUUUAUCAUUUAUGUUGCUGAGCGUGACAUGGUCAGAACGGCAUUCAUAACAGUUCCAGAGGAUGAAGAUAUAGACAAAGUUGUGGAGGAUCUCAACAAUGAGAGGCUGACUGUGCAAGAAUUCUUGCUGAGGUUUGCAAGGUGUAAUCCAAAGAAGGAUAGGAUUGUCACACGUGUCUGUCCCCCGAUUUGUUCUCACCCUGUGAUUAUCAUGAGGGACUUAGAAUUAACCAAAAAGUUGAUUAGAAAAUUGGACGCUGACCUUGGAAAGGCGGAAGGCUCAAUCAUUGAUUUGCUCCCAGAGGAUCUUGAUAUCAAGCUUCGUUUGGACAUUCACAUUUUGUACCUUCGUAUAGUACAUUGUUACUGCUACUAUGGACGCACAAAAACGCAAAAUUAUAUUGAUUUGUGGGAUUUGAGCGGUCCAGGUCACGUUAGAGUGGACCUGACAAACGACCUCUACGAAAAGGAGGAGGAACUUGCUGGCAGCGUAAAGUUUGCCGCUUGGGGAGCAAAGAAUUCAAAUGUCCCAGAGUCUGGUACAACAUCGGAGACUAGUCAAAACGAUGAAAAAAUGGAUAUUGUGGAGAAUAAAUUGGAGGAGCUCAAGGACUGGCAAGAGGCGAUCUCAUCCCUCAAAGUAUCACAUUCUCAGCUACAGUGGCUUAAAGACGUGGAGUCGUUUGCUCUUCAUGUUCUAAAUUCCAACCUGGCACCUCCAGAGUAUGUAGAGGACGCCGCUCUUAUUGAAGAAAAGUGGCAGCAAUUUUGCAACUUGAACACCCUUAUCCAGGGUCCCGCCAUGUUUAGGUGCAAAAUAUGUAACAAGCUCUUUAAUGACGCAAAGUUUGUCUGGAAACACUUGAAAAACAAGCAUCCUGAGCGUUACGAGCAGAUUAUUGUUGAAUCCGGGGUUCCGCAAAUGAAGGACAUAUUUUUCAACGCACACAGAGAUGCUAAAUGCAAUCCAUUCGAGCGACUCUUGUCGAUUCCUGUCAUUCACAAACCACCUUCUGACUUUGAUACCAUCUCCGCAGAGUUCUUCAAGAGGAUCGGAGACAAGCCUUACAGUACGUUUUCUUCUUCCGCAUCAUUACCUUCAGGCACUUCAAACAAAAAGAGGCGCAGAGAGUACUAUGACUUUGAUCAGCCAAAGGCCAAAAAGGACAGAGAAGUCACGUUUGCGGCAGACGAAUACUCCCGUCCCAGCGUAAAGUACGACGACCUCUAGG